GCCCCUCUCCCGGCUGGGAGCUGCGGCCGGGGAGGCGCGACGGGGAGCGCGCGGGCCGGGGCGGGGAGCGGGGAGCGGACCGCCGCGCGGGGCGCCGGGGAGAGCGAGGCCGGAGCGGGCCGCCCGGGGGACCGAUGCGCCGGGUGGGGCGCGGGCCCCGGAGGGCGUGAGCCGCUCGGGGAUUGAGCAACCGGGGAGCCGGCGGGCGGAGCGCGCGGGAGCCCGGGACAGUCGAGCGGCGGCGGCGGGCGGACGGGCGCGCCCUCGCCCCUCCCGGGUCUGCUCCCGUCGGGCUGGCGGCGCGGAGGUUGGGUUUUGGAAGUGUCCCUGCCGAGUGCCUUUGAGGAAAGCUCUCUGGACCACCUUACAGACUGACAAAGAAGUGGACUCCUCAGCUGAAAUCAUGGUGGAAUUGGGACACGGCCCAGGCCUGGGCCUCCUGCUGCUGACCCAGCCCGGGAGGCGUUAGCGAGAGCCCUGCGCCAUCCAUCACCCCAAAGACCACCCCUCCUGCCAGGGGCCUGGAGCUGGCGAGUGACUAUGCGGCUUGGGCUGUGUGUGGUGGCCCUCAUUCUGAGCUGGAUGCAUAUCGCUGCUGGCAGCCGGGGGACCAAGGGGAAGAGACAGAGGCGGAUCAGUGCCGAGGGGAGCCAGGCCUGCGCCAAAGGCUGCGAGCUCUGCUCCGAGGUCAACGGCUGCCUCAAGUGCUCGCCCAAGCUGUUCAUCCUGCUGGAGAGGAACGACAUCCGCCAGGUGGGCGUCUGCCUGCCAUCCUGCCCGCCCGGAUACUUCGAUGCCCGCAACCCUGACAUGAACAAGUGCAUCAAAUGCAAGAUUGAGCACUGCGAGGCCUGCUUCAGCCACAACUUCUGCACCAAGUGCAAGGAGAGCUGGUACCUGCACAAGGGCCGCUGCUACCCAGCCUGCCCCGAGGGCUCCGCAGCUGCCAACGGCACAAUGGAGUGCAGCAGUCCUGCACAAUGUGAAAUGGGCGAAUGGUCCCCGUGGGGGCCAUGCGCCAAGAGGAAGAAGCUCUGUGGCUUCCGGAGGGGUUCGGAGGAGCGGACGCGGAGGGUGCUCCACGCGCCUGGGGGGGACCACGCCGUCUGCUCCGACACCAGAGAGAUCCGGAGGUGCACGGUGCGGAGGACGCCCUGUCCUGAGGGGCAGAAGAGGAAGAAGGGAGGCCAGGGCCGGAGGGAAAAGGCCAACAGGAAUCCGAGCAGGAAGGAGAGCAAGGAGGCAGGCACCGGCUCUCGGAGACGCAAGGGCCAGCGGCAGCAGCAGCAGCAGCAGCAGCAGCAGGGGACAGAGGGGCCGCUCACAUCUGCAGGGCCCACCUAGGGACCCUCUUCAGCCUCCAGGCCUGCGCGGAAAAAGGGACGGACGCUUUACUGAACUGGAGCUCUGGAGGGCAACAUGGACACACACUCUGCACACAUACAUGGACACACACACACACACACACACAGCGACCCCCAUGUCCAAACAUGGAAUCAACAAACAUGCAAACGUGUGUGCGCACACACACACACACCCAUAAACACUCGAGGCUACCGGAGACACUUCUAUCCCUUGGACCUCAUGAUAUGGACAGGACAGGGAGCUGGACAGGUCAUCUCUGCCAGGAGGGGCCCCUGGCAGCACGUACUUGGUUUGCGUGCUCCCUGCGGACACAGAGAGAACAUUUCCCGGUGCCCAGGCCCGACCUUCGCCGAGGGGAGCCUUCUGGAGGAGCCGGCAGGACCAGCCCGUGCGGCAGACCGGAGCCACAGCGUGAGGACUGUUCUGCAUGUCCAGCUGUGUGACCUGAUCGUUGUUUCCCAUCCGAGAUCCACAUCAGGGCUGCCCCGACUUUGAAAACUGCUCGAAGGUUUAUUUCUAAUUAAAAACAAAGACGAAAUGACCACCGUGGCCCUGGGCACCACGUUCUUUUUCAGGGUACGGGUUUUGGUGGGGCACGUCUGGGAGCAGGAAGAGUCAGAGCUGAGUUUUAAAAGAUCCCUGCUGGCCCCCUGGACAGAGCAGGAAGAAAACUUGAGGAUAGUCACGAUGGAGCCAGCUUCUCUAGCCUUGUUACCCGGAGUGUGGUCUGCGGACCAGCAUUGAGGGCAUCACUGGGCAGCUUGUUAGAAACGGGACUCUCGGGUCCCAUCCCAGACCCGAUGAGC